GUCCCCAUAGCCCCAACCCUCGGCCCCAGCACAGCCCCAGCGCCGGCCCCACAGCCCCCGCCGCCCGCGGGCCGCCCCGCAUUGUCCGGGGGCAGCGGCAGGAUGGGGGUCCCCGCACGGCCGCCCCCCCCCGGGCUGCGUUAAGGCCCGUCGGUAUGAGGAGGUCUGUCGAAGAUGCACUGGUCACCAGAGCAUGCCCAGUCCCUGAACCAGUGGCCAGAGCAGCACCUCGACGUCUCCUCCACCACCUCCUCACCAGCCCACAAGUCCGACCUCUACCCCAGCACCCGCCAGCGCUUCAACUACGCCUGGGCCAACGACGACAUCUCAGCGCUCACCGCCUCCAACCUCCUCAAGAGGUACGCCGAGAAGUACUCGGGGGUGUUGGAUGCGCCCUACGAGCGCCCAGCGCUGAGCGGCUAUGGGGAUGGUGCCUUCGGGCCCGUUAACGGGCAGAAAGGGGAUGGGGAGCCCUGGCCUGUGCCUCACAGCUCCGACGGCACCUACCCACUGACACCCAUCCACGAUGGCCUCCCCGGUGCCAAGGCCGUGGUGCCGCCCGCCGUGCCGGCUGGUAGCGCUCCGCUGGGGCUCACCGGCUCCCCGGUGGUGUCGGCCAACCUCACUGAUCCCAUCUACGCUGGGAAUUCAUGCGGAGGAGCAGCUGGCUCCGGCGGGCUGGGCUCAUCUCAGGAGUACCCUGCGGGCUACGGCAGCACCUACUUGCCCUCUGGCUACUGCGGCCAGCCCAGCACAGCACUUGCCCCUCCGCACCCACCCGCCCUGCACAGUUCGGGGCUCCUGCAGCCCACACACCCCUCAUCCGCCCUGGUGCCGGGCUAUGGUUCCUCCGGCCCCGUCUACAACUACGCCUCGGGCAGCUAUGCCACACAGCCGGGCUACGGAGCCAUCCACCCGCCCCAUCCCUCCGCCUCCUACCUGCCCUCAGGCAUCGCAGCACCCACCCCGCUGCCAGCCCCCGGGCCCACCACUCGCCCAUCUGUGGUGCCAGCCUAUGGCUAUCAAGCCGCCGGGUUGGCUUCAUUGGCUGUGCCACCCCUGGGCACCGAGGCGACGGGCACCUUGAAGAGGAAAGCUUUUGAUAUCUCAGGCGGGGAGGAUGAAGCAGAGGGCAGAUACCGGAAAUACAGCUACGAGCAGCCAAAGUCCCCCUACCCCAUGUCGGACAACGGUGAGUGCCGAGGCAAUGGCUUCCCCAGUGCCAGCAAGCGGCCGGCAGGCAGUGCUGAGGAGCACAGCAGUAAAUACGGUGGGCAGGCGAUGAAGAGCGUGGUCUCACCACCCUACGGAGCUGGGGAGGCCCCACUGCGACCCACGGAGUCCUUUGAGAAGUUCAGCCCUCCCCUUGCCAAUGGGGAGCGGGCGGCCGAGCCGGGACACCCCUUCCCGUUGAGGCUGCCACCCAAAGCGCCCGUCUUCAGCAGCCAACCAGUGGAGGAGCAACCCAAAAACGUUGACCCACUGGUGCUGGAGUUGGUGAACACCAAGAUCGUGGAGCGUGGGCCGCCCGUGCAGUGGACGGACAUCGCCGGGCAGGUCUCCAUCAAAGCAGCCAUUGAGGAGGAGCUGGUGUGGCCCAUCCUACGGCCUGGUGCCUACACCGGGGCGAGCAGGCUGCCCCGAACCAUCCUUCUGUUUGGGCCACGCGGCACUGGGAAGACCCUCCUGAGCCGCUGCAUCUCCACCCAGCUGGGCUCCACGCUGCUGAAGCUCAGCGCCACCGCCCUGCUCACCACCUGGAAAGCCGAAGCCGAGAAGAUCCUCCAGACCGUCUUCUUUGUGGCCAAGUGCCGGCAGCCCUCAGUGGUGCUCAUCAUGGAGGUGGAGUCCUUGCUGGUGGCCCAGGAUGGCAGCCAGGCUGGAAACCUCAAGUCGCAGCUCCUCUCCUACCUGGACAACGUAGCUACCUCGGCCGAGCAGAACGUGGUCAUCAUAGGGACCACCUCACGGCCCGGCAGCAUGGAUGAAGCUUCCCACCGGCGCUUUGCCAAGCGCUUCUACAUCUCCCCACCAGACAGCAUUGCCCGGCGGCAGAUCCUCCACCAUGCCCUGGCUCAGCAGAGCUCCUGCCUGAGCGAGCGGGAGAUGGCCUCCCUGGUACAGCACACUGAGAGCUUCUCGGGCAGCGAGCUGAUCCAGCUCUGCCAGCACGCCGGGGCCACCACGCUGCACGGCUUGCCGGGCCAGAUCCAACCCACCUCCUACAAGGACUUUGAGAAGGCCUUUUGCAAGGUCCGCCCCGCCGCCUCACAGAAGGAGCUGGACUUGUUUGCCGAGUGGGAUAAGAUGUAUGGGUCCAGGCACUGACCGGGAAGACCCGGCGACAACCAAUAUACCUCUUUCUUAGGGUUUCUGAUAGGACUGGGCCUUUUUGGUCCUUUGUUUUUCUGAAGCAGUUGCUCGUUGAACUCAGGAUAACCUAUUUAUUGUUCACCCGCCUCCCCUUGCAGCCGUUUCCAGACCAGCGGUCACAGAACCGUAGAACCAUAGGAUCAUAGAACCAUAAAAUUGGUUGAGUUGGAAGGGAACCUUAAGCGUCAUCCAGUGUGACUCCCAUGCCGUGAGCAUCCACAUCUCGGUCAUAGAACCAUAGAGUUGGUUGAGUUGGAAGGGAACCUUAAGGGUCACCCACUCCAACUCCUGUGCAGGGGACAUCCAGAUCUCAGUCAUAGAACCAGAGAAUUGUUGAGUUGGAAGGCACUCUCAAAGGUCAGCCGGUGCAAUUCCAAUGCCAUGAACAUCCACAUCUCCAUCGUAGAACCAUAGAAUUGGGUGAGUUGGAAGGGACCCCUAAGGGUCAUCCAGUACAACUCCCAUGUAAUGAACAUCCACAUCUCAAUCACAGAACCAUAGAAUCAGUUGAGUUGGAAGAGAACCUUAAGGGUCAUCCACUCCAACUCCCAUGCAGUGGACAUCCACAGCUCGAUCGCGUUGCUCAAAUGCAAUGAGCAGAGCUGAAAAGACACACCACAACUGAAGCUUUCUGUGGAUCAAUGCACAAGUCCCUGUGCCUGUGUGCAGAGGUUUUCCUUCUUCUCACUUACUCCCAACCAAAACAUUGACUACAGCGAUGGAGGAAGCGGCACAGGGAGGGGUAGGCGGGGGGAUCGCAGAACCCAGGGCUUUGGAGUAAAAUGCUGUAGAUUGUUUAAUAUACUAGACUUUGUUUUUAUUUUUGUAAGGUAUGUAGGUUUUUUUUUUUUUUUUUGGUGUUUUUGUUUUGUUUUGUUUUUCUUUUUAACUACUCAGGAAAUGAAUUACCUCAGCAUUAAAAAAAAAAAAAAAAAGAAAGAAAGAAAAAAAGAAAGAAAAAAAAAGGAAAAAAAAAGGAAACAAAAAAAAAGAAUGCGUUUUUCAAAACUCUUUUAAUCUUCUCAGAAAUGAAAAAAAAAAAAAAACAGAGAGAGAUUUUAAGGGUUUGCAGAGGUCAGACAAAGCUGCCUCAUGCAUUUGCUUCCAAAAAAAAAAAAAAAAAAGGGUGACAGAAAGAAGAAGAAAAGAAAAAAAAAAAAGGAAAAAUAAAACCAAACCCCAUAACAAAACUUGAAGCUGUUACAAAGAUGAAAGUUGAAUGUAUUUCGGGUGCUUCUCACAUUUGCUAUGCCAUCGUUUUCUUUCCGUGGCGUUUCGCUUUGCUUUCGUUCCCGUUGCCCUCAUGGCGUUGGGUGGAGGUCGUUGUAGGGCCGUGGCUUUGGAGCUGUUCCCAGCACCACUUUUUGGCUCUGUCUUUCUCCCUUCUUGACGCCCCAUCUGGUUGGGUCGUCGUGUUUCGCUUUCCUUUCGUUUCGUUGGGUUGUUUUGUUUUAUUUUCUGCUUAAAAAAAAUAAUAAUAAUAAUAAUGUGGGGUUUUUUUUAGUGCUAUGUACUGUGUUUGGGAGUCGGUCUCCCCCCGAACCUCAGGGUCUGCGCACGCAGAGCAGGAGAAGAGCAUUGGGGACAUGGGGUGCUCCCACCCCGCAGUGCUCAGGAUGCCAAAGGAGCCAAUUUUGGGGGCCUUUUCCCCAGUUUUUCUCAUUUUCCCAUUGAAGUGUGCACGGGAGCACGUGCACAAAGGGCAUUAAUGGGGAUGCACCUCCGCCUCCUCCCCAUCUCCUCCAAAAAGUGGUACUGGGUUCCUGAAGAAUUUUUUGUUUGUUUGUUAAUUAUUAUUAUUAAUUAUCAUUAUUUGACUUUGUACACUCUCUGUAACCAUUUCUACCUCAUUUUGCAACGUAUUGUACAUGAAAAUAUUUAAUUCAUGUCUUAUUGAUGUCUGAAAAUAAGAAAUGCUUUUGAGCUGUAAUGGUCUACCUCAAGAAAUACUGUAUUUUAAAAAGAAGAGUAUUACACAGUAUUAAAGAGAUUACACGAAAACCCUCUGGAGAGCCCAUGGUUUUGGCACCAGCUUUUACCCAAUCCCAUCAUUUCCAGCCCCAAACUGGGGGUAUGGGUGGCUGGGAGUGCACGGGGGGACAGGGGGACAUUGUGGGGGACAGAGGGGGCAUGGAGAGCACCAUAGGAGGAGAAAGCACCGCAGUGAGGGGCAGUGGAUGGGGGUCCAGGUGUGUCUCAUUCCUUGUUAGUGGUGCUUUGGGGGGUCCAGGUGUGCUCUGUCCCAUUAUUAGGAGAAAGCUGGGGGGUUCCAGAUGUACCCAUCCCCUCAUUAGGGGCUGUUGGGGGCCAGAUGAGUCUUGCCCCAUUACUGGAGCUGUCUGGGGGGUCCAAGUGUACCCCAAUCACUUGCUAGGGGUACUUUGGAGAGUCCAGGGGGGCCCCAUCCCAUUAAUGGGACAGCUUAAGGAGGAGGGAACAUGCCCCUUAUUAGAGGCAGUUGGGGCUCAGCUCUGCCCAUCCCCUCCAUAGGGGCAGUUUGGGUCCAGGUGUGCCCAUUCCUCAUUUGAGGGGGGUCCAGGUGUUCCGUAUGCCCUCAUUAGGGGCAGUUUGGGGGGAGGGGGUGAGUGUUGCAAAUGCAAAAGUAUGAGUGGAAAAACUGCUGCCCUACUGUGGGGCUGUGCUGGGAGCGCUGCGUAGGGAACAGCCUGAGCCGAUGGGAGGCGGCUGUAGCCGGAGCUGCAAUGCCACCUCGUGGUUAUGGCAGAUGGACGAACGGACAGAUGGACGGAUGAGACAUGAGUGGAUGGAUGGAUGGACAGACGGAUGGACAGACACUGCUAACAGUGGAGUAGGUGCCCUGAGGCACUUUGCAGGCAGCAUGAGGUUCUCGGCCCUUCCGUAGAAUACCCCAAGUUGGAUCCAUAAGGAUCACUGCACCCAGCUCCAGAGAGUGCACCCAAAAAUCAAACUCAGUGUCGGAGAGCAUUGACCAAAUGGUCCAUAAACAGUGGGUUUUGGUGCUGCUCUGUUGGAAAUGGAGCUCCUAUCCAGGUUGUCUCCGUGCUGGAUUUGGGGGAGCAAUGGGUCUGGGGCUGAGCUGAGUGCAGGAAAUGCUCAACACUGGGAAGGGACUGAGACGCAUCCCUGGAAUGUGCCACUCUGUGAUGUCAGCUGGGGACACUGCCAUGGCAAUGGGCACCGGAGUGAUGCUGGCACCUGCGGGGCUCGUCCUCCUGUUGAUGGCAGUGGGUGGACACUGUGAGGACACAGUGGCAGCCAACGUUGGCCGUCACACCAUGGCCCGCAUCGCCGCGCUGCUGUCCCCAUCUGAGUGCCGCCAGCUCCAGGAGCAGCUGAUGGGACCCAGCAAGGACACGAGGGGACCGGAGCAGAACCCAAAGGACGGCAGUCAUCCCCGCAUCCCACGCCAACGCCCCGGCUGCUCAGAGGCUCUACGGAGGUGGCUGGAAACAGAGGGAGAGGUGACAUCGUGGGACCAACUGGUCCGCAGCCUCCGCCGGAUCGGGCGCCCCGACAUCGCCCGAGAGCUGGGGAAAAACCUGAACCAGGACCGGAGCCUGGAGCUGCGCAGGAAUGUGGAGGAGUACGGCCGCAGCGUGCAGCACCUCACCUCCUCACUGCUGCUGCAGGGCGAGCAGCAUGGCAUGGCACGGAGCAGGAGGGGUGCGGGGGAUAUGGGGGAUCUGCGCUUCGAGAGGCGGCCGCCCCCUCCCUACACCCGCAGCCUUCUGGGCUGGGUGGGCCCCGUGCUCUUGGGUAUCCUCGGGGGGUUCAUCGCCUCCAUCCUCGUUGCUGUGAUCACUGUGUUUUCCUGUCACUGGGCACUGAGCUCGGUCACCUCCUGAGGUGGGGGUUCAACCAAACUGGAGCAUCACCAUCAGGUGCUGGUGGAAAAUGUACCAAUAAAGAGUUGUGGAGCGGA